AUGAUCGCCCGCCCCCUCACUCGCUUUGCGGCUUGUGGCCGGUUGGCCCACCCAGCUGAUCCCCUUGAUCCCGGAGCCCCGGCUGCGAGCACUCAGCCCGCCCCUCUGCCCUGCUCGCCUGCUCAGGUACGGGACGCGGUGGCUGUGAUCCGCUACUUGGUCUGGCUGGAGAAGAACGUGCCCAAGGGCACGGUGGAUGAGUUCUCAGGGGCAGAGCUGCUGGACCAGUUCCGCGGAGAGGAAGAAUUCUCCUCAGGACCCAGUUUCGAAACCAUCUCUGCUAGUGGCCUGAACGCUGCCUUGGCCCACUACAGUCCGACCAAGGAGCAGCACCAGAAGCUGUCUUCAGAUGAGAUGUACCUGCUGGAUUCUGGGGGGCAAUACUGGGAUGGAACCACAGACAUCACCAGAACAGUCCACUGGGGUACCCCCUCUGCUUUCCAAAAGGAGGCAUAUACCCGCGUGUUGAUAGGAAAUAUCGAUCUGUCCAGACUCGUCUUUCCUGCUCGUACAUCAGGGAGAAUGAUGGAGAUCUUUGCCCGCAGAGCCUUGUGGGAUGUUGGGCUCAAUUAUGGUCACGGGACAGGCCAUGGCAUUGGCAACUUCCUGGGUGUGCACGAGUGGCCAGUGGGAUUCCAGUCUGGCAAUAUCCCCAUGGCCAAGGGCAUGUUCACUUCCAUCGAACCUGGUUACUAUCAGGAAGGAGAAUUCGGGAUACGUCUUGAAGAUGUGGCCCUUGUGGUAGAAGCAAAGACCAAGUACCCAGGGUCCUACCUGACCUUUGAAGUGGUGUCCUUGGUGCCCUAUGACCAGAACCUCAUUGAUGUCAGCCUGCUGUCUCCCGAGCACCUCCAGCACCUGAACCACUAUCACCAGACCAUCCGCGAGAAGGUGGGCCCGGAGCUGCGGCAGCGCCAGCUGCUGGAGGAGCUCGAGUGGCUGUGGGAGCACACCGAGCCCCUGCCCGCAGGGGCACCGCGUAUGGCCUCCUUGGCCUGUCUGUGGGCAGUCGCCUCUCUUACCGUCCUCGGCUGGAGUGUCUAGACGCUCAGACUCCCCGGCCAGCCCUUGAGCUCGGCUCCCCUCACCCUGCACCACCCGCGCCCCCACAGCCCCUGCCGGCCCAUUGCCCGGAGACCAUUGCCUCAGCUUCCUUCUCCAGGACUAAGCCCCAGGGACACAGGGCUUCUUGGCCCCGGGCUGGCCCCCUCUGGGCCUGUACACCGCACCCUGGGCCAGCUAGUCCCUUUCCUCCUGUGAGCCCAGGAGGCCCAACCUGUUAGCUGGCAGAGCCUCCUACCACUGCCCCGCCCGCCACGACCAGUAUGAGGCGGUACCCUACCCCCAGGGGCGCCAUGGCCCCCCGGAGAGCCCCACCCUAUCGCCACCUGCUGGAAGUAGUCAGAGCUCUUCCCACCCCCUCGGGCUCCUGACUUGGUCUUUCCACACCCUCGAAGCUGCUUCCGACCACCGCAACUUGCCCCUGGCCCUACAAGGCCCUCCUGGCUGCACCCACAGGCUGAAGGAACGAGGGCUGCCUCUAGGCUCCCUGCUGAGCCUGUGGAGGGAGAGGAAGGGAAGGUGGCCGAGGCUUCUGCAACCAGGACGGCCAGCCAGAAAGGGGCACGUACGCCAGCCUGCCCGCCAUGUGAGCUCAUCACCUCUAAACCCUGGGUGGGUUCCACGCCAAUGGACAGGACAGGGAGUUCAGCCAUAGGAAUUUGGCCGUGGGGGAGGAGGGAAUGUGGGGAGCAUUCUGGAAUAUGACCCUACCCAAAGUUGGGAACAACUUCAGCAGCAGUGCCCAAUCACCAUCCCAGACUUCCCAGCGCGUGGGUAGCCCUUUUAACUCUCCAAAGUGCAGCUACGGUGACAAUGCUGUCGAAUCCUCCAGCAUCUUCGGAUGGGCUUGAACCUAUGUGGGCUGGUUUAACUUGUGUGACUCUGCUUUCCCCAUUUUACAGAUAGCAAAACUGAGCUCCAGACCGGGGGUACCUCUCCAAGAACACACAGUGUUCGGUUGGGAUGUGGCGGGGCCAGAAUGGGCUCGCAGUCCAGCUAUUUUGCCCUUUGGCCCCAUGUGAAAUCCCUUAGCGUACCUCCCAGCCCCUUCCAAGUUCAUUGAGCCCGCUGUUGGGGGCAGGGCGGAGGGGAGGGAGGGAGCUUUCUUUGGUCAGCCCUGCCGUUAGCCACCUGGGCUCACAUCCUGCUAGAUGCUUAAAACAGCAUGGCAACGAA